AUGGAUUUGGUGGACACAGCUCCGGAAACUUUGAAGACAGCACUGUCUGUUCCGCUCCCCGAUUCUGAAGAUGAGAACUCCACCGCCCCUCAGCCACACGGACGAAGCGGGAAACAGAAGAGGAGGGCAACAGCCGCGACGUCCGCUGUUCGCAGCUCGCCGAUCGAGAAGAGGGCCAAGCAAGAUUUCGCCCCUGACGCUGAUGGUUUUGUCCCGCCCCUGCGCACUGCAAGACGCAUGCAGUCAUCGACGACGCUUCCAACUGCCGUGGCCAACUCAUUCGACGCGCUCGCUGACUCGCCGGACCAGUUGCCGCGCGAUCCUGCGCCAAAGAAAGACUCCCAUCUCCCGCCGGUGGUCCUCCAGUUUCGGCCGCCCUAUGGGGAACUGCAGAAGUUGUUGCGCAGCUGGACAACGGCCGUGUAUACUGUGAAGCCUGCCGGACGAGACCUCUAUCGUGGGUGUGAGGUGUGGAAGCGUGCCAUCGCUCGCCAACGUGGCCAAACACCAGCGCCACAUCCGAAGAAGCCAGCAACGAGACGGCCCGGCGUCUCUUUCGCGGCGGCAACGUCAGGGGCGCCCUCCGCCGUCCCGGCUGCGUCGGCUGCUCCUGCUCCUGCCGCGUCCGAUGCCGUGCCGAUACCUGAGGCUCCUGCGCCUCCACCACAGCUGCUAGUGGCGGACCCGGGUACUGCCUCUCCCGGGCCGUCGGCCAGACCGCGCCCCGCCAAUCGCCUGCGCGGGGGUCAGCGCCCCGUGGGUACCCAGCGCUCAGCACCGUCAGUCGAGCAGCCCCAGGUGGACUCUCCAAGCGAGUCAGCCACGCCUCCCCCUUCCAGCGACGGGGCCGCGCCGGCUGCCUCCACCGCUGACCUGGCCAACCUCGUCGCGCAGCUCUCUGCCUUGCGAACGGUAGUGAGAAACUGCGACACUGCCGUCGAGGGCACGUGUCUGGGCGCGCGGCGCCACCUGCUGGGAAUCUGGCUCAGACGCUGCAAUCACCCCGGUAGCAGCGGCAGCAGCAGCGGCAGCUCGGGGCCGCAGCAGGCACUCACGGGUCCUCAGCGUAAUCCCAUUAUCGCAGCGACUGCGUCGUGCCCGUGUCACCCUAAUGAGGUUCUCUAUGACGGCGGUGCCGGCAAGACGCCCCGGAAGGACACGGCACGCCGCGCCGGGCCGCCAUCACUGCGCUCCUGUCUUGCGUAA